UUGUCAUUAGUAUUCUCGAAAGAGUAGAGUCGAUUCCGUGAAUUGUUACAAAAAAUAAAAUUUUGAAGCGAUAAUCAGACAAAUUUUAUACUACUAAAAGGAAUUGAUUGUGAAACGACACGACAGUUCACCAAGAAAACGUAGAAAUUGGAAAGUGAGGAAAUAGGAGGACGCAAAACGGAAUAACUUCCGGUAAGCGGAGCUAGUUCACUCCACGGCCUGUACCUUAACAACAACUUCUUCUGUCAGUGAGUAGCUACAAUAUGGACAGUAGAAAUGUCAUCGUUUGCGAUAACGGCACUGGGUAUGUCAAGUGUGGCUUUGCGGGUGAGAAUUUUCCCACAUCUGUAUUCCCUUGUGUUGUGGGGAGGCCAAUGCUAAGAUAUGAAGAAUCCCUCAUGGAACAAGACUUGAAGGAUAUUAUUGUGGGAGAUGAUUGCUUGAAGUUGCGCCAUCAGUUAGAUAUAUCUUAUCCUGUCAACAAUGGAAUUGUGCAAAACUGGGAUGAUAUGGGUAAUGUGUGGGAUCAUGCAUUUUACAAUGAACUGAAGGUAGAUCCAACAGAAUGCAAAAUUCUUCUGACAGAUCCACCUCUCAACCCAUCUAAAAAUCGUGAAAAGAUGGUAGAAACAAUGUUUGAGAAGUACAACUUUGCUGGUGUCUUCAUCCAAAUUCAAGCCGUUCUAACAUUGUAUGCUCAAGGUUUGCUGACUGGGCUGGUCAUCGACUCAGGUGAUGGAGUUACACAUGUUGUUCCUGUUGUUGAUGGAUACUCAUUUCCUCAUCUCACGAAAAGAAUGAAUGUUGCUGGACGCCAUAUAACGUCUUGUAUGGUUGAUCUGCUACUUCGGAGAGGGUAUGCAAUGAAUAGGAGUGCCGAUUUUGAGACUGUCAGGGACAUUAAAGAAAAGUUGUGCUACAUUAGUUAUGAUUACAAGAGAGAAUAUCAGUUGGGGCUUGAGACUACUAUUCUUGUUAAGAAUUAUACUCUUCCAGAUGGGAGGGUACUUAAAGUUGGCACAGAGAGGUUCCAGGCACCUGAGGCUCUUUUUACUCCAGAUCUUAUUGAUGUUGAAGGUGAUGGCAUGGCUGACAUGGUAUUUCGUUGUAUCCAGGAGAUGGAUAUUGACAACAGGAUGAUGCUCUACCAACAUAUUGUUUUGAGUGGCGGAAGUACUAUGUAUCCUGGCUUACCUAGUCGGCUUGAGAAAGAAAUUUUGGACCGCUACCUUGAUGUUGUUCUGAAGGGGAACAAAGAUGGUUUGAAGAAAUUGCGCUUACGAAUAGAAGAUCCACCAAGAAGAAAGCAUAUGGUGUAUCUCGGAGGUGCGGUGCUUGCAGGAAUUAUGAAGGAUGCCCCUGAGUUUUGGAUCAAUAGACAAGAUUAUUUAGAAGAGGGAGUUGCAUGCUUAAGCAAGUGUGGCCAGGCAUGAUUUUCAUGUCCAUCACUUGCUUAAGGUUUUUUGCUAACAUUACAAAAGAACGUGGAAUAUACAGCGAAGACAUGCUGGCGACGACUGUGAAUGAAGAAGCUCUUGUAUUGUAUUUAACUUGAAAAUUCUCAAAGUGAUAGGAAAUGUUAUCCUUGAAUGUUUUUUGCUGCAUCUGUAGUUUAUCUUAGUUGAACGGGACUUCGUAAGGGCUUGAAUUUGUACAGUCAAUACUGAAUUAAAAGAUUGCUCGACUUCUUUUCAUUCCCUGUCAACCCCUUUUGUGAAGUUUAUCAAAUGUGAGCUCAAACAUAAGCAGCUUAUCGCGUAAACUGGUGCAGGCAGAAGAGGUUGUGAACUAAUUCUCAAAUAUAUUACAGCUUGAGGUAUAUUGGAUGUUUGUUGAA